GAGUGGUGGCGGCCAAUGGGCGCUCGCGGCUGGGCAUGCCGGGAGCCGGGGCAGGCGGGCGGAGCGUGGUGGGACCGGCUCUGGGCUGCGGAGGCUGCGGCUGCUGCGGGUGGAUCCUGCCAGAGCCAGCUGGGUGUGCGGCCCGCGGGGCUCCGGGCCUCAGGCGGGCCGGCCGCCAUGAACUACCUGAAUGUGCUGGCCAAAGCCCUCUAUGACAACGUAGCUGAGUCCCCAGAUGAGCUCUCCUUCCGAAAGGGCGACAUCAUGACGGUGCUGGAGCGGGACACACAGGGCCUGGAUGGAUGGUGGCUCUGCUCACUGCAUGGGCGCCAGGGCAUUGUGCCUGGGAAUCGCCUCAAGAUCCUGGUCGGCAUGUACGACAAGAAGCCAGCGGGACCUGGUCCAGGCCCUCCUGCCACCCCACCCCAACCCCAGCCUGGCCUCCCCCAGGGGCUCAAUGCCUCGGUGCCCCCAGCUUCCCAGUAUACCCCCAUGCUCCCAACUGCAUACCAGUCCCAGCCUGACAGUGUUUAUCUGGUACCUACUCCCAGCAAGGCUCAGCAAGGACUCUACCAAGCCCCUGGGCCCAGCCCACAGUUCCAGUCACCCCCAGCCAAGCAGACGAGCACAUUCUCAAAGCAGACACCCCAUCACCCAUUUCCCAGCCCAGCCACAGACCUUUACCAGGUACCCCCAGGGCCUGGAAGUCCUGCUCAGGAUAUUUACCAGGUACCACCUUCUGCUGGCAUAGGGCAUGACAUCUACCAGGUCCCCCCAUCCAUGGAUACCCGCAGCUGGGAAGGAACAAAGCCACCGGCAAAGGUGGUGGUGCCCACCAGAGUGGGUCAGGGCUAUGUUUUCGAGGCCUCCCAGCCAGAGCAGGACGAGUACGACAUCCCACGCCACCUGCUGGCACCAGGCUCCCAGGACAUCUAUGAUGUGCCCCCUGUUCGAGGACUGCUUCCCAGUCAGUAUGGCCAGGAGGUAUAUGACACCCCCCCCAUGGCUGUCAAAGGCCCCAACGGCCGAGACCCAUUGCUGGAUGUAUAUGAUGUGCCCCCCAGUGUGGAGAAAGGCCUGCCACCAUCUAACCACCAUUCGGUGUACGACGUUCCUCCAUCGGUGAGCAAGGAUGUGCCAGAUGGCCCACUGCAGCGAGAGGAGACAUAUGAUGUACCCCCCGCCUUUGCCAAGGCCAAGCCCUUUGACCCAACCCGCCACCCACUGAUCCUUGCUGCACCUCCUCUAGAUUCCUCACCAACUGAGGAUGUGUAUGAUGUACCACCCCCUGCUCCUGACCUCUAUGAUGUUCCCCCUGGCUUGCGGCGGCCUGGCCCAGGCACCUUGUAUGAUGUGCCUCGUGAACGGGUGCUCCCUGCUGACCUACCAGAUGGAAAUGUGGUUGAUGAUGGUGUGUAUGCUGUGCCCCCACCAGCUGAGCGAGAGGCCCCAGCAGAUGGCAAGCGCCUGUCAGCCUCCAGCACAGGUAGCACACGCAGCAGCCAAUCAGCAUCCUCUUUGGAGGUACUGGUGCCAGGCCGGGAACCCCUGGAGCUGGAGGUUGCUGUGGAGUCCCUGGCUCGGCUGCAGCAAGGUGUGAGUGCCACCGUAGCCCACCUUCUGGACCUGGUGGGCAGUGCCAGUGGGACUGGGGGCUGGCGUAGCACCUCAGAACCUCAGGAGCCUCCGGUGCAGGACCUGAAGGCUGCAGUAGCCGCAGUUCAUGGAGCUGUCCAUGAGCUACUUGAGUUUGCCCGCAGUGCCGUGAGCAAUGCCACCCACACUUCUGACCGCACCCUGCAUGCCAAACUUAGCCGGCAGCUACAGAAGAUGGAGGAUGUGUACCAGACACUGAUGGUCCAUGGUCAGGUCCUUGACAGUGGCCGGGGAGGCCCAGGGUUCACCCUUGAAGACCUGGACCGCCUGGUGGCCUGCUCACGGGCCGUGCCUGAGGAUGCCAAGCAGCUAGCCUCCUUUUUGCAUGGCAAUGCCUCGCUGCUCUUCAGACGGACCAAGGCCCUCGCCCCAGGGCCUGAGGGGGGUGGCUCCCUGCACCCCAACCCCACUGACAAGGCCAGCAGCAUUCAGUCACGACCCCUGCCCUCACCCCCUAAGUUUACCUCCCAGGACUCUCCAGAUGGACAGUACGAGAACAGUGAGGGGGGCUGGAUGGAGGAUUACGACUACGUCCACCUGCAGGGGAAGGAAGAGUUUGAGAAGACCCAGAAGGAGCUUCUGGAGAAGGGCAACAUCAUGCGGCAGGGAAAGGGCCAACUGGAGCUGCAGCAGCUGAAACAGUUUGAGCGACUGGAGCAGGAAGUGUCUCGUCCCAUAGACCAUGACCUGGCCAACUGGAUGCCGGCCCAGCCCUUGGCGCCGGGACGGACAGGGGGCCUUGGGCCAUCAGACCGGCAACUGCUCCUCUUCUAUUUGGAGCAGUGUGAGGCCAACCUGACCACACUAACUGACGCGGUAGAUGCCUUCUUCACUGCCGUGGCCACUAACCAGCCACCCAAGAUCUUUGUGGCACACAGCAAGUUUGUCAUCCUCAGCGCACACAAGCUGGUGUUCAUUGGGGACACACUGUCACGGCAGGCCAAGGCAGCCGAUGUACGCAGCCAAGUGACCCACUACAGUAACCUGCUGUGUGACCUCCUGCGUGGCAUUGUGGCCACCACCAAGGCCGCUGCCCUGCAGUACCCGUCACCCUCUGCUGCCCAGGACAUGGUGGACAGGGUCAAGGAGUUGGACCACAGCACUCAGCAGUUCCGCCGGGUCCUGGGCCACCUGGCCACUGCCUGAGUGCAGAGAGCUGGGGUGUGGAGGCUAGGAGUGGGUAGCAGUGGUCUGAGCUACCCCAAGUAUCUGUCUUGAAAGUGGGCAUCCUGCAGGCUUGGGGUCAGGCAACCCCAGCUCUGCCUUGGGCCUGGUGCCCUUAAUUGUCCAGGGAUCUGUACAUAUUUAUAAUAAGGCAGGAUGUGGGGUGCCUCCUCAAAGGAGCCAAAGCCGAGGAGCCAUCGAGAGUGCACUGUGGGCCAGGGAGGAUCACCAGGCCAGCGCCAGGGUACCUGGGCCCCACCCGCAGGGCUCCCUGUGACCUUUGGCCUGCCCCUGUGACAGGCAGUGCAGCGUGGUGUGUUGCUUCUCUGCACCAGGAGAAAACCCUAAAGAACUAUUUUUCACUAUUGAUUUUCCAAUCAUUUGACUAAUAGUCUACAUUUAAUAAAAUUUUAAAAAUAAAAA